CCAAGGGGCUGAUUUAAACAGGCUCUUGUUGAGGAUGGUCACAGCUGAAGGAAUAAAUGAUUUCUUGUAAACGUUCCUUCUGGUUAUUUGAACUUUCAGUUUGCAGCCUGAUGCCAACAACUGAAAUGCAGAGUGCAGAGGAGGAUGGGUGGGGUCACUGUGGAUCUGGAUUGCCUUUUUGGUUAUGGAUUGAGAAAAAAAGUCUUGGAGUUGGAGUUGUUUGACAUGUUUGAUCUUGCUGGCAGGUUAACAACCUGAGUCAGUUUGUCCUUUCGUUUUUUCAAAUUUGAAACAGGUCUUAAGAGAUGAGACCAGUUCAUAUUUCAGAUGUGUUGUCUAAUUCACAACAGCUCUCUUUUUUAGAGGAAUUACUUCAAGCAUCGACCGUGUCUCUCUGUCAAGCAUUCUUUUGAUUUUGCCAAGAUAAACAAACCACAUUCCUGGCAUUAACGCAGUGAGUUGCUAAACUCUGGAAACUACAGACUUUGAAUCAUUAAUGUUCCCCCUGAAUGUGAGAGACGACUGUUCCUACAGCAGCGGAUGAAUUUACUCAUGAAUAUGUUUAAUCUAAGGAUGGGGUGGACCUCCUGUAUCAUCUGGUUUCUGUAUGUGUCAGUGAGCGAGUGCUGGCCACUGCCCGACUCUGAGCCUGUAAUGUAUGGGGAGGUCCAGUCCCCCCAGUAUCCACAGCCUUACCCUCCCAACCUGCUGAAGCAGUGGGACCUCAGUGUACCUGAGGGCUACCAGAUUGGACUCACCUUCACACACCUGGACAUCGAAGCUUCUGCAGGCUGCUAUUACGACGCCCUUACAGUUCUCUACGAUGACAAGGUCCUGGGGAAGUUUUGUGGCCAUGAGAAUUCUGCUGAUGGGCAUCACCCAGGCUACCAGCCCAUCUUGUCUCCAGGCAACAGACUCACACUUGUAUUACAAACAGAUGACAACAACCCAGAGCGUCACCAGAAUGUUGGUUUCUCUGCUCAGUACCAGGCGAUAGACAUAGAUGAGUGUUCUGGUCCAGUACCUGGUGAUGGCUCGGGCCCUCUCUGCUCUCAGAUCUGCCUCAACACCCUUGGCUCGUACCUCUGCUCCUGUCACCACGGCUACGAGCUUCGCUCAGAUCAGCGCACCUGUGUGUUGUCCUGCCAUGGUGGUAUAUUUGAUGAGCUAGAGGGACAUCUGUCCAGUCCAGGAUACCCACACCCCGCACCUCAUGCUGUGUCCUGUCAGUAUGUUAUCUCUGUAGAACUGGGCUUCACUGUCUCUCUCAACUUCACUGACAAAUUCCAGAUUGAGAGCAUGGACACUCAGCAAGGCCCAAGCUGUCUCUAUCACUGGUUGGAGGUGACCAUCCCAAACAGUCAGCCUGUGAAGCUGUGUGGUGGAGAAAGCCCAGGUCUGAUAACCACAAACUCCAACAUUGUCAGACUGGACUACCACACUGACAAUGAGGGCCAGAGCAGCGGCUGGAGCCUGGACUACAGCACACACAGAGUAAAGUGUCCAUUUCUUGGCACUAUAACUAAAGGCAGGGUUACUCCUGUCUUAAGUGAAUAUUUCUACAGAGACUACAUUUUUGUGCGCUGUGACCAAGGAUACAAGCUGAUGAUGGAUGAUCAGGAGAUCGAGAGCUUCUCUGCAAUGUGCCAAAACAACGGACAGUGGCACCUCCCUCUGCCAGAAUGCCGCAUAAUUGAUUGUGGAGAACCCGAACCAUUGCUGAAUGGAGGGGUGACCUUCCUGUCUGGCUUUCAGAAUCAGUACCGCUCCGUUGUUCAGUAUCACUGUAAUGAGCCAUUUUACUCUCUCCUUGGGGGCAUUAAUGUUAGUUUCACUUGUGAAGCAGACAGAAGGUGGAGAUCCAACCACGAUGUUGUUGUCUCUCCAACAUGCAUACCAGUUUGUGGCCAGCCAACAAAACUCAUCUCUGCCUAUCAGAGGAUCAUUGGAGGAAGUGAAGCUCCAGAGGAUACCAUCCCGUGGCAAGUGUUACUGAACAUAGAUGGAAGAAGAGGAGGUGGCAUGGUGAUUGGAGACCGCUGGAUUAUGACUGCAGCUCAUAAUCUAAUAUAUAAUGGGGAGAAAGCAUCAAAUGAAACAGUGCGGAUUUUCAUGGGAGUUAAUGAGGUCAAAGAAUACGACUCCACUCCCCCUGUGUAUGCUGACUCAAUCCAUAUGCACCCUCAUUACAACAACCCCAGCAAAGUAGACUUCAACAAUGAUAUUGCCUUGAUCAAACUGCAAAACCAGAUCACAUUCAACUCAUCUAUAAUGCCAAUAUGUUUGCCAGCAGAGGGUGCCACAUACGUCACUGGCAUGAUGGGACUGGUGUCAGGCUUUGGCAUCAUAGAAAUUGCUGGCAGACGGAUUGUAACAAAUAAGCUGAAUUACGUGCAACUCCCUGUGGUCAGCCAGCAGACAUGCAUUCAUUCAAUCAAUUCUCUGAAGAGGACAAGGAACCAUGUGCCAUCUGUGUCAAGUAACAUGUUUUGUGCUGGAGUCCCAGAAGGUGGAAAAGACUCCUGUCAAGGUGACAGCGGAGGCCCCUUUGCUCUGGAGGACAAUGGACGAUUCUGGGUUGCAGGGAUUGUCAGCUGGGGGGUUGACUGCGGAAAGCCAGGCAAAUAUGGAGUCUAUACCAGAGUCGCCAACUACCUGGACUGGAUCAAAAAGACCAUGCAGGAGAACUGAAUGUAAAGUAAUUCAUUACAUGUGAUGAUCAAAACAAAAGUAAAAGCCAAAGCAUUUACAAUAAAAUCAGAAAAAAAGUAAUUUUGUUCUAAAUGUACUCUUGUGUAAAGUUAAUGCGUACAUGUGUGUCAAGAAGAGCUAUGAAUAAAGUUCUUCCAUUGACAAUAAAAUACAAUUAUAAAUA